AAGCAGCCUGUUGGCAGCUGUGAGUGCAGACGCUCUAACUCGCAGUGCAGAGAAGUCAGAGCUUUUCCUUUCGCUUCCCUGUGCUUAGUGUGAACAGUUUCUCUGGGAAUUUGAGGAUGCGAGUUCCGCUUUGACAGUCCUCAUUGUCUGGAAGUUGUUGCUCCCCGUUGUCACAAGCCAAGCCUGAGAAAAUGGUGAAAAUGAAGAGGAAGAAGGCCAUCCCAUCCGUCUACUGCACCGAAUGCCAUGAAGUGCCAAAUGGGGGUAACAGAAAGGCAUAGAGAGAGCUUUCUUUUCAGCCACUGAAUAUUUAAUGACAACCUUUCUGACUUUCUUACCUGCCUUUGGGGAUGCUUUUCCUGGUACCAGCUGGCACCAGAAGACCGGAGGAGUUGCAGUUGGGGCAGGCUGUCAGGCAAGGUGCUCUCUUCCCUCUGGGCUGUUACUUGAGUCCUGGCUGCGGCCCCACGGUGCAACUCUGCAAACUGAAAGUCAGGUUUUCUGAGUGUGGCCUGGCCAAGAACCAGAGCUGAUAAGACUCAAUAAAGAGGGACCAAAGUCUUUACUGCAGCAUGUUACUGGCUUUUGUGCUGGACCACUGCCUAAGACUGCACUGAGACUCCAGUGGGAACAUGGGACAAGCUGCAUUGCUUUCGUAACUGCUGAAAGCCCCAGCUUUCUUGCUGCCUCACCUUGCCAGCUUCCAGAGCUAGUCAUGCCAUCUAUAGCGCCCUGGUCUUGGAGGAACUGUUCAGCGUCAUGAAGAACAACACAGAGCAAGGGAAAAUAUAGAAGUGGUUGUGGUUGGAGGAUGUGAUGACAUCACAGACUUCAGCGGGAACACGGGGCUUUUAAAAAGCUGAAAGAAACAUCCUGACAGUCAGUUAUCACAUCCCCCGUAAAGGAGUCAAACACACGUUAGCCAUUAGAAAGCCCAACUGUCUUCAUCAAAGAGAAAAAAGACUCCGUCCUGCCACAGAAUAUGCACUGGCAAAAAUCUUCUGCUCCAGAACAACAACCGCAGCCUCGCCCCUACCAAGGCGUCCGUGUCAAAGAGCCAGUGAAGGAGCUAUUGAAAAGGAAACGGGGAAAUGUUCACAACACCAGUACAACGGCAGCUACAACGGUUGUUUUGCCCCAUCAGACACUCCCUUCCUAUUCACCAAUGGGCCAGCCUUGCAUCGAUAUGGAUGGUGCUGCCCCCGCGUUGCCUGUGACAGAUGAAGGAGCACUCUGUUCUGGCUGGCUCUCCCAGCCCUCCCCCACAUCCUUGCAGCCUUUAACCCAGUGGACCCCUUACCCUGACUACGUGUCCCACGAAGCAGUCAGCUGUCCGUAUACCGCCGACAUGUACGUGCAGCCGAUGUGUCCCAGUUACACGCUGGUUGGACCUUCCUCUGUUCUGACUUACACUUCUCAGCCGCUGAUCACCAAUUUUGCACCCCGAAGCGCCACCCCAGCCGUGGUGCCGCAGCUGGAGGUGUCGGAUCAGCAGCCACCCCUCACGUACUUCCCGUGGGCACAGCCCCUGUCCGCGCUGCCGGCCUCCACCUUGCAGUACCAGCCGGCUUCUUCCACGCUCCCUGGGCCCCAGUUUGUGCCCUUGCCCAUCUCCAUCCCCGAGCCGGCCCCCCAGGAGCUGGAGGACGCCCGACGGGUCAUCGGCACGCUGCCCAUUGAGAAGCUGCUCCUAGAAGACGAAGACAAUGAUACGUAUGUUUUAAACCACGCUCUCUCUGUUGAAGGGCUUUAAGUUGCACAUCUGGGGCCUGAUCCUCGCUUACUCAAUGCUCCCCUUGGUGUCACAGCGAGUUUUGAGUACAGAGGAAAGCAGGCCGGGGGGUGGGGAUGGGAACUUACCUUGGGAUUUUGUUGUCCACCUCUAGCACGCCGUGACUUGUGUGUGAAGUGAAACUCGCUUUGUCCUGGGGCCCGGCACAAGAUGUCUGUGCUGUCACAGCUCCUGCCACCUCUCCCAGGCAGGCUUCCAGAGCUGCAUAGUUCUUGUGCUCAGCCUCAGCACGAGGUGACUUUCAUCCUCAGACACAGAGCAUGGCCUAAAAUCAAUAACCCGUAGCGUAGCAAUGGCCAGCUGCAGUGUUUGGUGAGGGUACCUUGCCUGUAAAUAUUGGCAAGACCUUUUUCAGAGGACCGCUUUCUAGAGCUCAGUGUGAUGCCCUGUAUAUGUCUUUGCCCUGUCCAUGAAGGAACCUCUUCCUGAUUUAGGCGACUAGAAAAUAAUUUGGGGGCCUAAAUUGAUACUUUUCUUGUCCGAGUUGAAUUGUCCCUUUGAAAAACAAGAAAAUAUGAAGGGAACAUUUGUUGUACUGGUGCAGAUAGAUGCAUCGGCCUGAAGAUGGAAAGCCAGUACAGUUGAACUAAGUGGCAGUGCAGGUGGACAGCCCUGUGCACAGAGCAACCCAAAGCAGGCUAGGUGAAACGUCUGAUUUCACAGGAAGGUAAAACUUGAAGGAAGGUCUCACCUUGUCUAUAACUGGAAGACAGACACAUAGGUGUGGGACAGUGCUUUGGAGUCCUGGUCUUUCAGCUGCAGAAUGUUUUUGGACUCUAAACUAUCCACCUUCAAGACGGGGGGCUGUUUCUGUGGCUGGCUGGGAACGCUGCGUGUUCCACCAACGGACGGGUCCUGGCCCACUGAACUCACCGGGAGUUCUGCCUGAAUCAGGAUUGCAAGACAUGGCCCAAUAUCAGGAGACGAUUGAGAAGACAGGGUCUUCCAAAAUCUGGCCUUCGGUCUAAUAACAAAUUCAUGGCAUUACUGUUAGCUGGCAGUACUUUCAUUUCUUCUGUAGCAUUUGAGCGUGAAGUUGGUGAUGUGCUGAGACAGGGGACCUUAGUGACCUCUCUUGUGCCUUACUGCUACGGAAAGUUUCUCCGCUGUAGUUUCCCAGGUUCACAGGUGCACACGUUUGCUUUAUGGCUUUCUGGUUUUCUUUCCUGGAGAAUGAGUAGCUUUACCUUUUCCUCUGACGCAACUGUAAAUAUUACUGCUGAUGUUCAGGAGUGCCAUGCCACAAACAAACAUACCUGCAGGAGAUGUACCCCCUUCUAACUUUGUUUAUUGUUUUCUUUAAAAUGAGGGAGUCUUGACUGAUGAACACAAUUUCUCUGGGUUUUUCUGCUUUCUAAAGCCCAGGAUCCGUAGGUGAUUUUAGCGUUUGCAAGACUAUGCAAAAUAAUUUAUUGCACUGUUUAUUACCUGGUGCCCAGCACUCCGCUUCCCACCCAGGCAGUAUUUCAAGUAACUUUACGGUUUAUGCCUGAGUGAGGUUUGCAAGCUCACAACAAAAGUCUUGAGGACUUGUAAGCAUAUUUCAUUGUUUAAUAUUAACAAAUCUGGUAGACAUGAGCAAUAGAUCAUGUAAGUGAUCGUAAAGUCAUUUGGAAAUAGCAGUAGUUGAGGCGCAUUGACAUUAGUGGCUUACAUUUGCAGAAAAACCCAGCAAAGAAAUUAAUCAGAAGGAGCUUGGUUCACCACUGGUUACUCCAGUUUUAUAAGCACAGAGACAUUCAGUAGGUAAAGCUGGGGUAAUGCAGCUGUGAACCAAGCCUGUGGUUGCUAAGAUUGCUUUUAAAUUUCUUUCACUUCAAUGUAUGUAAAUUCUGUGUGUGGAUAUAAAACAAAGAUGAACUGUUUCAGAAUUUCUUUCUGGGUUGUUCUGGUUUAGAAAAAGACAAAAUCUUUUCCAAUAAAGAUCUACGGUAACUUUCAUAUGCCUAG